CUCUGCAACUUUAUGUCAAGGAUGUAACAUUAUUCAGUCAAUUGUAGCUUUUCCUCUUCUUGUACAAAAGUGAAUACCAUCGUCUUUUUUUCCUGUUUUCUCUCGUCAUGUAGCACCAAUUCCAAAAGUGUUUUUGCAUCUCUCUACUGCAUAGACAGUAUGGUUUGAUGAAAAGACCAUCCUUAUAGUAGAGGAAUACUUCUUUAAUUUCCUACAUUCUGGUUUUUACAACCAAAUUUGAACCUUUCCAGCAUUAAUUUAGGGUAAAAUGCCUUGAAAUGUUGAAAGGGAAUAUGCCCCCCCCCCCCAAAAAAAAAUCUACACCUAUGUCCAAAAACACAAAUUGAUGCAUUUUGCAUCUAUUUGUGUUGCAUAAAAUGCAUAAAAUUUUGCUCUCCUUACAAAAAGAAAAUGAUAUGAUCUCACAUUAAAUCGCAGAUAGGCCUAUUAAAUAUCUCAACAGACCUAGAGUUCAGCUUUAUUUAGGGUCAUCAGGAGGCCUAUUACAGCAAUUUCUCACAGGGUGUUCCCGUGAAGUCCCCCUCCCUCCUCUCCUCUCCUCUCCUCUCCUCUCCUCUCGUCUUCUCUCCUUUCCUCUCCUCUCCUCUCCUCUCCUCUCCUCUCUCGCCCCUCCCUGUUCCCUGUAAAAGGGAACAAUCUGCCGCUGUCCCGCCUCCAGCUCGUCUUGUCCCGUCAGAAGCAACAGCACGGCUGCUCUGCCUCCUCCGACCUUCCUCUCUGCUGCACUUAACAACAAUGUGAAAACUAAACCACCCGGAUAAAAGUUAUUUUCAUGGAAAGAAAGGCUCCAAGUGCAGGACCAUGGGGUAUGGGCAAAUCCUCCACCGGCGGGGGAAUGAGGAGGACCAGGUCCACCUCAACGUGGGAGGGGUUCGACAUGAAGUGGACGCGGACAUGCUGCUCCGCUUCCCUCACACGCGCCUGGCUCGUCUGCUGCGCUGCCAAAGCGAGGCGGCAAUCCUGGAGCUGUGUGACGACUACAGCCCGUCUGAAAAGGAGUACUAUUUCGACAGGAACCCCCGAGUUUUCCUCUGUGUGCUUAACUUCUACCACACAGGGCGCAUCCACAUGAUGGAGGAGGUGUGUGUGUUCUCCUUCAGCCAGGAGAUCGAGUACUGGGGGAUCCAGGAGCUCCACCUUAGCCCCUGCUGUAGCUAUUGGUACCACGAGAGGAAGGAGUACAUCGAGGACAGAGACUGGGAUGUCAGGAGCGACGACCAGCAUCAGCCGAGCAUCGACUCCUCUUUUGAGGAGCUCUCUGCUCUCGAUAAAGACCUGGCCAAGUUCAAAGGUGCCUGGUGUGCGGAGGUGAGGAGCUACGUUUGGCUCAGGCUGGAGGAUCCGGCUCACUCACGAGGCGCAAAGAUCAUCGCCGUGGCUUCCCUCAGCCUGGUGUUGACCUCUAUCAUUGCCAUGUGUGUCCACAGCAUGCCUGAGUUUCAGCAGGUGGACGACAAUGAGAAACCCAUCGAGGACCCCGUCCUCACCAUCCUGGAGGAGAUCUGCAUUGCUGGCUUCUCUGCUGAGUUCAUCAUCAGACUAAUUGUUGCCCCUUCCCGCAGGAAGUUCCUCGGAAACCCCCUAAACAUCAUCGAUGUUGCUUCCAUUUUGCCAUUUUACGCCACUUUAGCUCUGGAGACAGCUGACGAAGAGGUUGCAGAGGAGAACGAGGACAUAGAAAACGUUGGGAAGGUAGUGCAGGUUCUGCGCCUAAUGAGGGUUCUUCGAAUCCUUAAACUGGCCCGCCACUCAAUUGGGCUGCGAGCGCUGGGUGCCACCGUGCGCCACAGCUAUCACGAGGUUGGUCUGCUGCUUCUCUUCCUCUCGGUGGGGAUCUCCAUCUUUUCCGCCCUCAUUUACUUUGCAGAGAAAGAAGUAGAGAGCUCAGAUUUGGGGACCAUCCCGUCAGGGUGGUGGUGGGCCACGAUCACAAUGACCACAGUCGGUUAUGGCGACACCUGCCCGGAAACGGUAGCAGGGAAGAUAGUGGCCACCUUGUGUAUUGUGUGUGGUCUGCUGGUGGUGGCUCUGCCCAUCACCAUCAUCUUUAAUAAGUUUUCAAAGUACUAUCAGAGAAACAAAGCCAUGGAGGGAAAGUGUAUCACUAAACCUGAGAGACAAGACCCCGAGCUCCCUCAUUACAACAUCAGAGACCUCUUCACAGGAAGCGUGUAUCCCUUCAUAGGAGGUAUCGCGUUCAGGAACAGUGUGAGCAGCGCUGGUGACGACACAGAUGCCUCCAGUCUCCAGGACAUAGAGGUGUAUGAUAACGACACUUGUGAAAACGGGGCAGCAAAAUGACAUUUCCUGCCAUUUCAUUUCCUUUAUGACUACAAGUCACCCCGUGCCUCUCAGGGCAGAGCGCUCCAUCACUGACCCUGCCCCCCUGCACUGUCUUCCUCCUGCAAUUUGACAGAGAAUUAUUGUGGCCGUGAAUUUUUUUUCUUUUUUUUUCUACGAGGGAAUAGCUUGUGAAAUAUACGGUGUCGCUAAAACCAGGAAAUCUAAAGGGAAUUAUCUGAGCCUUGCUCAGAGGUUUGAAAGCCCAUUUUCUGCUUGAGGAAACGGCAAUGAUGCAUGUAGGAGGCCAUAAUGUUAAUGUUUUUUCAAAGUAAUGCCCUGUAUUGAUUUGGCUGCUCGCUGAAAGUUCAGACUGAGAAUUCAGCGAAAGUCUAGGAUGACAACAACACUGUUUGAUGUUUCAAAAUGGUAUUAUAGACCUCUACGUUGACUGAUGUUACACAGUCUGCAUGAGCAAAAAUAAAUGCAUUUUUGAAAGAGUUAUAAAUUAUGCAAUGUUAUUGAUGCUGAUGAAGAGAGGCCACACAGCACAGCUGUGGAGAGCACUGA